ACAGCGCCAGGCGGCUCCCUCUCUCCUCCGUUUUAUGGAAAGAGAAAUCCAGGAAAGGUUAUUCUGACAGCAGGCACAGAAACAAAAUUUCCUGCCUCUUUCCGAUAAAUACCACGCUGGUCAGAAGCCCGGUAAAUCCUUUCUCUUGUUGAAAAACACCGUGUCCGGAUUUUUUUUCUGCUGGGUACUGACAGAGGAAGACCUCUGAAAGUUGUUGUCUACAGUACAAUCAAGAAUACAGCGUGAAAGCCAGUGCAAGCCCAUCUCAGCCAUGCUACACCAUCACCAUAGCAACUGCUUGGAAUGCAUGAGGGCUUGGAUUCUUCUGCUGCAGAGUAUUCUCAGGUGCCUAGAAACCCUGUAAGCAAUCUGCUAAACCAAAGUGGAAGAUGCCUCAUGAAGUAAGCCCGAAACUGAAAUAGAACUAUCAAGUCUCAGCUGGUGAAGCACAAAAAUCUGCAGUUCCUGUUUUCCUCCAGGAUAAAAAAACCCCAAAUACUCCCAGACGGAGAAGCUACAGAGAGAAAUAACUAUGUGAAUACACCAGACUUUUUGCUGGUUUGCUGUGAACAUCCUGGAAGAUUCGACUGAAAAUACCUGGUUAAAGUAUGUAAUGGACUACAAGGUUUGCCUGCACUGAAUCACUGAAGCCUGCCCAGUAAUUUCAUGAUGGUCCCAGUACUGCUUGCUUGGGGGAUUUAUACCAUGACUUCACCAACAGCACCAAGUAACACUACAGAACCUGCGACAGGGAUGGGAAAGGACUAUAUCCUGCCAUCAGUCUUGGUGAUAUUCCUUCUGCUCAUGAUCAUCGUUCUUUUGGCAGUUUACUUUCUCAGGUUUAGAAACCAAGGGAAGGCGGUUGUGACUACUGUCGACAAAAAAAUACCAAAUGGCAUUUUGGAAGAACAAGACCACAUUAAAGUGCAUGGAGGCUGUGCUGGACUGUUGAGCACAUCUUCCUCACAAGAACAACAGACAGUGGUCCUCCUCCCAAGAUCCCCCUCUGUCUCUAAGAAGUACUUGCCCAUUCCUGUGGACAGCCUGGAGGAGGAGUACAGAAUACGAUCAGCAGAUGAUGGCAAAUUCUUUCGGGAGGAAUUCAAUUCAUUGCCCAGUGGCAACAGUCAAGGCUCAUGUGAGGAGGCAAACAAGGAAGAUAACAAAGAGAAAAACAGAUAUCCUAACAUCCUUCCCUAUGACCACUCCAGGGUGGUUUUGUCACAAGUUGAUGGAAAUUCCUGUUCAGACUACAUAAAUGCCAGUUACAUUGAUGGCUACAAAGAAAAGAACAAAUUUAUAGCAGCACAAGGCCCAAAGCAAGAAACAGUAGCUGACUUCUGGAGGAUGAUAUGGGAGCAGAAAUCGGCAACUAUUGUGAUGUUGACUAACUUAAAAGAAAGAAAAGAAGACAAGUGUUAUCAGUACUGGCCCGAUCAAGGUUGCUGGACUUACGGGAAUAUCCGAGUUUCUGUGGAAGACUUCACUGUUCUCGUGGACUAUACAAUACGAAAGUUUUGUGUGCAAUAUCAGUCAAGCGAUGGCUCCAAGGCCCCCAGACUGGUCACCCAACUGCAUUUCACCAGCUGGCCAGAUUUCGGCGUGCCCUUCACCCCCAUUGGCAUGCUGAAGUUCCUUAAGAAAGUCAAGACCGUCAACCCUUCUUUUGUGGGUCCUAUCGUUGUGCAUUGCAGUGCUGGUGUAGGCAGGACUGGCACCUUCAUCGUUAUUGAUGCCAUGAUUGACAUGAUGCAUGCAGAGCAGAGAGUUGACGUCUUUGGGUUUGUGUCCAGAAUACGAGAGCAGCGUUCCCAGCUUGUUCAGACUGAUAUGCAGUAUUCGUUUAUUUAUCAAGCUCUGCUGGAAUACUAUCUAUAUGGAGACACCGAGCUUGAUGUUUCUUCUUUGGAGGGACACUUGCAGAAACUACAUAACACAACAGCCCCAUCUGACAGAAUUGGACUCGAAGAAGAAUUCAAAAAACUUACUAAUGUCCGAAUUAUGAAAGAGAACAUGAGAACAGGGAACUUGCCAGCCAACAUGAAGAAAAACCGUGUGCUUCAGAUAAUUCCAUAUGACUUUAACAGAGUAAUUCUGUCCAUGAAAAGGGGGCAGGAAUUUACAGAUUAUAUAAAUGCGUCCUUUAUAGAUGGAUAUCGGCAAAAAGAUUACUUCAUUGCGACCCAGGGGCCUAUAGCGCACACAGUGGAUGAUUUCUGGAGGAUGGUGUGGGAGUGGAAGUCUCACUCCAUUGUGAUGCUGACAGAGCUCCAGGAGAGGGAGCAGGACAAGUGCUUCCAGUAUUGGCCACCAGAGGGCUCUGUCACAUAUAGCGACUAUACGGUGGAAAUAAAGGGUGAAACGCUUGUUGACACUUUCAGCGUGCGAGACUUUGUGCUUACGUACAAACCGGACAACCAGACGCGGCUUGUCCGACAUUUUCACUUCCACGGCUGGCCAGAGAUUGGCAUACCGGCUGAAGGCAAAGGAAUGAUUGACAUAAUUGCAGCGGUGCAGAAACAGCAGCAGCAAUCUGGCAACCACCCCAUUAUAGUUCACUGCAGUGCUGGUGCUGGGAGGACAGGCACUUUCAUAGCACUAAGCAACAUCUUGGAGCGAGUCAAGGCUGAAGGCCUUCUAGACGUAUUCCAGACUGUGAAAAGUUUACGAAUGCAGAGACCCCAUAUGGUGCAAACAAUGGAACAAUAUGACUUCUGCUAUAGGGUGGUACAAGACUUUGUCGACAUUUUCUCUGAUUACGCCAACUUUAAAUGAAGUCUGCCUUAAUCAUGUUUUUUUUGUUUUAACUGCCAGUUAGAGAGGAUGUAUUUGUUUUAUUAACUGGAUUAAAUUAUCAAAUAUUUUGCUAUGCACUUGUCCUUAAUGUAACUAAAAAAACUGCAUAAUAGUUGUAUCAUAUUGUCACAUAUGUACCUGUGCUUGUUUUCUCAGAAGAUAUCAAUUGUAAAUGCCAAAAACAUUUUCUGAUGUAAAUUAUACAUUAUGUAAAUUAAUUUUGUGAUGAAAUUUGACAGUAUUAUAUAUAUUUGUGUUAGUAGUAAUUUCAUUGUUUUAUACAUAAUUAGAAUGUAGUUUUACCUGUGUUUUCACAUUUUCAAAACUGAGAUUAGUUAUUUUUUGUAAUAAAAUUACUACACAUGCAAUAUUUAUAAUGCCAUUUUUCAUUUGAACUUAUGUAUCUUCUGUUCUCACUGCAUUCUGAACAGAUCUUAAAGUGUAUAUACAAAUUAAGUUUAUUUGCUAGGUGAGAUGUUACAUUCUAUGAAAACUACUUUAAAUGGCACAAAUACGUCUGUCUCUGUCAUUUUAUGAGCCUGAGAUCACCUGAGAAGAAACUGAAAGAUUUCAGAAUGAUUGUGAGUUUUUUAACUGUUUUUCCUGAACAUGAACAUAAAUCCCAGAAAAAAGUGCCAAUUGCAGCUUCACAGUUCGUUACAACUUAGAACAGUAAUUAAAGCAUUUCAUAGUGGCUGUCCAAUGAAUUAUUUUUAAAAGUACUCAGGAUGUUAAACUGAGAGAAAAGAAAAUAUUUUUAGUUUAAUCAUUUCAAUAGCUGACCUAAUCUGCAUUGUAUUAAAAUAUAUAUUUUAGUCUUGAAUUGCUGUUUUAUUAAGAGAAGACAUUUUUAAUAAGUGAACACCCUGCCUCGUGCCAAAGUUUUGUGAAGCUAGACAUCAAAUUUUUGAUGUGUGAUUAAUUAUGAAGAAAUAAACGCAGACACAUUUAUUGGUUUUACAAUCAAUUUGCAAAACUGUUUGUUUUUUGUUACAGUUAAGGCUAGAUUUUCAACUGUAUUAUGCAAUGAGUAUAAUUGAAUAAUACUGUAUUAUGCAGUACCCUUCUGUAUUGGCACACUUGUCACCAGAUGUUGAACUGAGUGACUCCACGUGUUUAAGCACACUAAUUGACACACACUGCCAUGUGUUGAUGGAUCUGUUCUUCCUAGUGAAACAGGCUAUGUAUGAUAUUACUGCAAAGAUAUGUUUGUAAAUAUUUUUUUUACAUAAAGACGGAUGCAACAUCUCAGUUCCAUGGUUUCAAACUGAAGAUAUAUAUUUUUAACUGUUGUUCAUGAUUGUACUUAUUUUAAAAUUUGUAUGUUUGCAUGGGCCAGUGCCAUAUAUUGAUUAGACAAAUGUCUGAUCGGUUCAUAAUGGUCACCAAGUGACUUCAACUACAAUGAAUGGUCUUUGUAAUGGAAUGCAAGUUUUUGCCUUCAAACACCAAAAAUGGAAUGCUAAAGUUAGACUAUUUUUAUGAGGGCUUAGAAAUGCACAAGUGAAAUGUGUCGGUGAAAACAUAGGUGAAGCCCUGCUUUUAAGGCUCACACUUAAAUGUUUAAGAUUUUUUUAAAGAUUUAUUUGAGAAAAUUAAAAUAAUGUUUCUUUUUGUAGCUGUUCCUGGCAAACUAGUUGGAAAUUAUUUUAAUGAAAUCCCUGUCCAUAUUUCAUUGUUCAGAACUGACUUUGAAAAAGUAUAAUUUUAGAUUGUGUGGCUUAACUGAUGAUCUUGGUUAUAUCUAAUUAUUUGCAUUGUGUGCAGAGGCUGUGGUCGAUGGUGGCUAUUAUUUGCUACAUUCCAAAAGUAGCUUGCUCCUGUUGUUUUUCGCUUGUCAUUGCUUGUCUUUAUGAAGUUUACGAUGUCUUUGUAAAUGCAAAUUGCAAUAUAAAAUACAUUCAGAAAAAAUGUG